CCUCGUGUGCUGUGCCGGCCUUCAUAGGGUGCUCGCCAGCAGCACUUGCCCCAACAGUCUGCUCAGGCUAUCGGGGGGAUCUUCGAGUGAUUUUGGUAAUGGCAGUGAUGCUAAUGUGCUUGGGCAGUUGGUGAGGCCGAUUGUGGUGAGGAUGGUGAUGGUGGUGAGCCUGUGAUGUUCGUGCAGGUGGUUCAGCAGGUGGCAGACGUUUCAAAACCCGAGAGGUAAUUUGGCUCCAUCCACCGAGCCAAAUUCUGCUUUAUUAAAGUCGUAUUUGUUAUAUUUUCUAAUGAGCGGAUUCGCAUUCAAGAAGAAAUAAGAGUUCGAGUGAAAGGGCUAAAAUUGUUGAAAGUCAAGGCCGCGGACUAUAUGAUGACCGAGGAGGCUGUGGGGUUGGAGUUCAAGGGUUAAUGGAUUUCGGGGUUCAUUUCAAUUAACCCCGAAAGACGCUACACGCUGCCGGAAAUUAGUACAAACACAACACGGUCUCGUCAAACGUUUCGGAUUGUCCUUGGUGCGUGUCCGCGUGUAUCGACAACAGUGUUGUUAUACAUCUGUUUAAAUAAUAAUGAUGAUCUGAAGGGUCUUCGCCCGCCAUGUUACGCGAGGCGCACGAAACUCGGGCCCGGAGUGAAGACGAGAGGGAAUGGGACUUUUACAGGAAGCGGGAAUCGCAUUCCAAUUAACGAAAUUACAAUUAACCACGGCACAGAAUGCGGAACUUCAGUUUCGUCGUUUACGUAGAAGUUAAGGUGGCGGGAAGGAAUUGGAUUAGGCCAAAACCCAAAAAAGAAAUUUCACUCGCUCGAUUACCAAGCUGUUUUUUUUUGUUGUCGCAUGAAGUCCCAAUCAAACAGUACUAUAACCGAAUACAAUAGUUACAAUUGAUUUGUACUGUUUUCCAGUACAGUGUAAUAUAUCUGAUUACAGCUGCCCGAGCCGUGGGGCCUUGACUCAUAACCGACCCCCUUCAGCACGCGCCCCAUUGCCCAAUCUAUCCGGUAACGGUGCGUACCCAACCCGGCACGUAAUUCUUUAUAUUAUACCGUGCUAUAUAUACACACACCCCAAUUUUAUUUAAACAUCUUAAUGAAUGGAGCCACUAAACCCUUUGAGGUAAGCCCAGGAAACCAAGCCCAUCCCUGGCAGGCCGGGGUCGGAAUGGAUUAAGAUGAGAGGGCCACCCUCCAUUGCCGGGCCAGUUUUAAAGUAGCACGUCCGGGCCGGUCGAAAUUGUCCCGCGGGAAAAAAAAAUAAAUUAAAAACGACCGGACAAACAUGUCGAGCGAGCAGCCAUGAAACAAAAUGGUUGCACGGGCUUAUUCGCUUUUUUGCACAGCUCUUGGGGGGGGUUUUUUUAGUCAAAGGAUGGACGGGACCACCCCCCCCCCCCUGGUGCGGUCCUUUUGUGUGGGUGGCAGCCGGCCGGCAUUUGGACGUGAUGCGGAGAGGGGAGCCCCCUGAAGGACUUGAAGCUUUAGCCGAGGGAUCAAUGAGGAGCUGCGCUUGAGAUGGAGCAACGUCAUAUAAUGGGAAACGUUCUUCCGCUGUCUGAGGAAGGCAAACGCUCUGCGUGUGCUGCGGUCCCUGUGGGGGGGCCCCGAGCAACCCGGGAAGGCUGCGUGGCGGCCGGGGCUGCUGGGGCCACCAUGGAGGGCAUUGCUGGCCCGUGGGGCCUCCCAGAGGAGAACGGCAGGCCUAUGGGCAAGGUUAACGGGCACUGCCCACUGGUGGCUCUGCAGCAGGCGGUGGCGCAGAUCCCCAAUGGAGGAGAGAUGGAGAGCGACCCUCCGGGCCUCACUGUUGUGGCUGGGUGCCAGACCCCGCCUCACUCGCAGCCCACGCCAGAAAAAGCAUCCGGGUCCCCAGAGAUCAAGCUGAAGAUCACGAAGACCUACUUUAACGGAAAGGCCUUAUUUGAGUCCUCACUGUGCGGGGAUCUGGUGGUGACACCCGAGCAGCCUGGCCAGCAGCAGCAGCCGAAAGAGAGUUCGGCAGCUACGGCAGCAGACGUCAAACAGUCGACGUUGCUGCGGACUAAGGGCCGGCCACGUAAGCUGCAGCCUGUGAAAGGUCCACCUGGGUCGGGUACAUCGGUACCACCCGUAUCGCACUCUGUGGGUGCGUGUGUCCUGCCUGCACGGCCGGUGCAUCCCUCAACCCCGCCGUUGCCCACAACUCCUCCCUUGUCUGCCGACAAGCCACCUGUUCUCCUGUCGCCACAAGAAAACAGCGACCUGUAUUCCAUCGGAGAUGUGGUGUGGGCCAAGAUCAGCGGGCACCCGUGGUGGCCCUGCAUGGUGUCCUGUGACCCCAAGUUGGGCAUACACAUGCGCGUCAAAGUAGGGCAGGUGAAGUCUUUCACAAGGCAGUACCAUGUGCAGUUCUUCGGGGAAGCCGCGGAGCGAGCGUGGGUGUGCUACCGCUCCCUCGUGAUGUUCUCCACCAGGGAGCAGUACGAGCUGCUGGUCUCCGAGCUGGCUAAGCGUACGUCCUCGGCCAGCGAGAGAACCAAGAUCUUGAAGCCGAUGGCUUCGCGCGUGCGGUCUCAGUGGUUCGUGGGCAUUGCUGAGGCGGAGGCGGCAGCCGCCCUCUGCCGUGAGGAGCGGAACGAAAAGUUCACCUUCAUCUACUUCGACGUGAAGCCCAAGGAUAUGGGCCACCACAAGGGACAAACGCCUUCCUCGUCACGAAAGCGAAAGUCAAAGGACUCGGUGGACUUCGACGUUGACGCGGUUGAUAUGCACGACAGGAGGAGUGAGUUAGACAGGAAGCUGGAUGAUGGAAGCAGCCUGACGGCGGCUUCGGUGUCCGGGCAGGAGCGUGAUGAUGUUGGCAAUGACGAGGUCAGGAGGGCCCGGGAGCACACGAAUGGGGCUGGCGGCGGGGGAGGCCUCACGCCGAAGAAGAAGCGUGGCAUCAGGAAGAGUGAUGCCUCUGCUGCCCAAUUCAUUGUUUUUUGCCAAAAGCAUCGCGAACAGCUGGUGCAGGAGCAGCCGGAACUGUCCCCAGUGGAGGUGGAGGAGGCGCUGAUGACGCAGUGGGAGGCGCUGACGGAGAAGCAGCGCGCGCGCUACAAAUCCAAAUUCGCGAGCACCGCUGGGUCAAUGGUGCCUGGCUCGUAUCACGCCGCCACGUCUGGCAUGAACUCGCCUCCCAAAAAGAGAGAGUCUGCCUUGGUCAAAGCGGUGGAAGCGGAGAGCCAGUCCUCCUUGCUGCGAAGGCCCCAAGCGGGAGAGUCGGGUGUAGAGGAGAGUGUUCCUCGCAAGAGGGUACGCAAAGAGCCAAAGACUGGAGUCUUGCCCACGUUGGCUGAAAAGGGGAAGUGCCUCUCCUCGUUUGUACCUGUGGGUUCUGUACAGCCAGUGGUGGCGAAGCUGUCGGAUUCGUGCAAACCGCUGAAAAAGAGGAGCCGAGCAUCCACCACGGACUCCACCAGCCCCUCGGAGUGUGAUGAGGAGGGGGCACUUCCCCCAGACGCAGAGGCUUCACCGGCGGGUCAGGGUGAGGCAGUCUACCAAGAAGGAAGCGAAGACUCUCAGUCCGAGGGCAAGCGAAGCAGUAGCAAGCGAGACGCCCUUUGCCUGGCGUGUGAAAAGACUGGUGGUGGCUCCUUGGUUUCUUGCGAAGGCCAGUGCUGCGGGACGUUUCACGUGGAAUGCCUGGGCGUUCAAACAGCGCCUGGCGACAAGGUCAUGUGCAACGAAUGCUCCACAGGAUUGCACGUUUGCUUCGCGUGUAAAUGUGCGGGCGCGGAGGUGCGGCGCUGCGCCGUCUCCAGCUGCGGCCGCUUCUACCACGAGGAGUGCGUGCAGCGCUCCUCGGCCGCCGUGUUCGAGGGCCGCAGAUUCCGCUGCCCGCUGCAUGUCUGCCUGUCCUGCCACCUGGCCUACCCUGCCAGCAGCCGGGCCAGUCGCGGGAGAAUGCAGCGGUGCGUGCGCUGCCCCGUGGCGUACCACACGUCGGACAGCUGUUUGGCGGCGGGGAGCAAGGUGCUGUCUCCAUACAGCAUCGUGUGCAGCGGCCACUUCACGCCGAACAAACGGGAUAGCACGUGGCACGUAAACGUCAACUGGUGCUUCCUGUGCUCGCGAGGAGCGCCUUUGCCCGAUGCAGGCCUCGCUCUCUUUGAACAAAGUUCCCACUACCUAUUGAGCGAAUACAAAAGGUCCAGUGAACUUGGGAAGUUACCCAUGAUUCCCGUAGUCCCCGCAGCAGCAGCAAAGGCCUGUGGGAAAGGUGGCUGUCUCUUGUGCUGCGAGUCGUGCCCGGCCGCCUUCCACCCCGAGUGCCUGGGCAUGGAACCACCGGAGGGCACCUGGUGCUGUGCCGAAUGCCGGGCUGGCAAGAAGCCACAGUACCAUGACAUUGUGUGGGUCAAGUUGGGCAACUACAGGUGGUGGCCAGCUGAGAUCUGCCAGCCGCGCAAUAUCCCGCAGAACAUCCAGAACCUCAAGCACACGGUCGGGCAGUUUCCCGUGCAGUUCUUUGGGUCGCACGACUACUACUGGACGACGCAGGGUCGCGUGUUUCCUUACAUGGAGGGCGACAAGGGCUCCACCGACUACAAGACGAACUGCCUCAACAAGACGUUCAAACGCGCACUACUGGAGGCGGCCGCUCGGUACCAGGCCCUGAAGGCCCAGAGGGAGACGCGGGAGGCGCAGGAGACGGAGCGCAGCGAACGGAAGCCACCCACCUACAAGCAUAUCAAGUCCAACAAGCCUGUGGGGCGCGUGCAGGUGUACACGGCAGACGUGUCGGAAAUCCCCCGCUGCAACUGCAAGCCGACGGACGAGUCCCCGUGCGGCCUCGACUCGGAGUGCCUCAACCGCAUGCUUCAGUACGAGUGCCACCCAUCCAUUUGCCCCGCGGGCGACCGCUGCCAAAACCAGGCGUUCACCAAGCGCGCCUACCCUCCCUCGCAGAUCGUCAAAACAGCUGGGCGUGGCUGGGGGCUGCUCACACUGGUCAGCAUACGCAAAGGAGAGUUUGUGAACGAGUACGUGGGGGAGCUGAUCGACGAGGAGGAGUGUCGCAAGCGCAUCAAGUACGCGCACGAAAAGAACCUUAGCAACUUCUACAUGCUCACUAUCGAGAAGGAUCGCAUCAUCGACGCAGGACCCAAGGGCAACUUCUCGCGCUUCAUGAACCACAGCUGCCAGCCCAACUGCGAGACCCAGAAGUGGACGGUGAACGGCGACACACGCGUGGGGCUCUUUGCCACCUCUGACAUCGCUACAGCAGGCACGGAGCUGACGUUCAAUUACAACCUUGACUGCUUGGGAAAUGAAAAAACUAUCUGCAAGUGUGGGGCCCCCAACUGCAGUGGCUUCCUGGGCGUCCGGCCAAAGACGGCGGCGGCGGCAGCCACGGAGGAAAAAGCGAAGAAGGCGAAGCGGAAGGCGCGCGGCCGGCGCCCCCGCACAGAGACGGCGCGCGCCGAGCACGAGGACGAGUGCUACCGCUGUGGCGACGGUGGCGAGCUCGUCAUGUGCGACAAGAAGGCCUGCCCCAAGGCCUACCACCUGUCCUGCCUCAACCUCACCAAGCCUCCCUUUGGCAAAUGGGAGUGCCCGUGGCACCACUGCGACGUGUGUGGCCGCCCAUCGGUGCGCUCCUGCGAGCUGUGCCCCAACUCCUUCUGCAAGGAGCACCAGGCCGGCUUGCUCACCCGCCUCACCCGGGACGGUCGCAUCUGCUGCGAAGAGCACGAUGGCUGGAUCGACGAUAUCGCCACCACUGUCGAAGAGGAGGACGAAGAGGAGUCGGCGGCGGCGGCGGCGGCGGCGGCAGCGGCGGUGCCUCAUGACGACGCCGCCGAGGAGGAGGGCCUGGCGAGGCCAACGAUUCGGGAGAUCGGGGAGCUGGCCCGCAGGGCGGCGGUCCUCCAAUCUGCUGGCGAGAAGACCUCUCAGCCCAAGGUGGCGGCCUACGUGUCCCAGGGGCCCAGCUCAAGUCAGGCCAUGUGAGGGGAAAUAAUGAAGCCAGGGAGCGCAUAGCGAGCGUGAAGGGUUAUUCUCAAUGGCACUUCACCGGGCUCAUUUUGUUUUGUAAUUCGGGUUGGGUAACACUGUUAGGGAAAAGUGGCCGAUAACGGCAGUUGACAAACUAAAAUAAUGGACCCCUGGGUCGCAACCGUGAAUGUGGACCGCAACCCUUUCACUCAAGCUUUGUGAGCAAGUGUUCCUUAUUUUUUCCCCCUUCCUGCCUGUCGAAUUGGAGCAGACGUAGGGAUCCAGUGAAUGUAUUAUAAUGGUUGAGGUACGUUUGUCUGCUUCAGAAUAUUUUUUUAAUUGAUAUCCCGUAAGCAAUUUUAGCACCUUAAGAGAUGACGGUGGGAAAGUGAACAAGUUGCAGAUUUGACGGUGAGAUGCCCGCAUGGCUCGGUGUUCGCUCCGUGGGACCAGAAUUUUAUAGAACACGUUAUAAAAUCCAGACAGCAUCUUCCAAUUUAACACGUAGGCUUUUGCGACUAAUAUGAAUAAGAGGUUUUAUUUGGGUUAGAUUGCGUAAAUAUGAAUGUGUCGUUAAACCCACCACCACCCGACACGCCAAUUAGUAAGAUUUAUCACGUAAACAAAACGUGCCGAUUAGUUAAGAGUUCAGCACACCAGCGUGUUGGAGAGUAAACCCGCAGCAUUUACAAUUCGAGUACGGCGUUUCGCUGGUGAUUACAAUCAGCAUCUUCCAGCAACAACAGGCUGCAUUGAAAAAGAAAUCAAACCCCAUUAAUUGAUUUGUUUUAACAAAAUCACAGCGACUGUGGGAAAAAAAGUUACAUAUUGUUGGAAUCUCGAAUCUUUCCAGCGUUUCCAGUCAUUUUGAUGUGUAUUUUAAGCUGACUGAUGUGACCUGUCAGGUAUUGGGCAAUGAGAAUGUUGGGCUUGGUGGUAGGAGGGGAAAUGAAAUAAGCUGGAGGGGCGGGAUAAGUUGUCCACCUCCAAGUCUUGACCUCGGUUAGCACGCUGCGCCAUGUGAAAAGAAAGUACAACCCACAAAAGAAUCGGCUCUUCACUUACAACUGCAAACCUUAGACUGUCCCAGGCGUUUGAGCUUCGCAAAUGAGAAAAAUAAUGCAAUAUUAAAAUAAUUUGAAUACAACUCAAUUACUAUCUUGAGUUAUAAUCAUGUUGCUAUGGGAGUACUGCCAUACUUUUUUUAUCGCAGCUGUCACUAUAGCACACUUGAAGGGCAUUUAAAAUGUUUCUUUCUCGUCAAUGAAACCUCAAACUCAUGUGGGACAGCCAACAAAUACACAAGGUUUUAAUUCACUGAUGAUUUGGCCUUUUUUUGAGUUGAAUCUUUCAUCAACUUCUAUGUAUUAUGUUGGAGGCCAUUACCAUUUGAAAACAUGAUCUGCCUGUACACAGGGCUUGAGAAGCGUGGCUCGUGUUGUCACAUGGUGGAAAGAUUCUAAUUGCUUGACCGAGUUAGAGUUGCAGGUAGCGCUUUUGUGUAUGUAUAUAUGUAUGCAUGUUGAACUUUUUUCGCACCAGACGUAGCCAACCGUGCUAAUCGGAGGUGCAGGGGAAGGACAACCAACUAAAGAAAAAAAACAGUUCUAAAGAACUG